AUGAUGGAUGCAAAUGAAAUCCUCGCUCUUAUUGUGCCAGAAAGGAAAUCAGCAAAACGAGCAAGCGGAGAGAUGAAAAUCGCGGCAAUGAAUAUUCCAAAGAAAGAGAAAAAGAAACAGCGACCAAGUGUAACGCAGCGAAGAAACCAUCAAAAAAUCAUUCGACAAGUUCAGCGAAAUAGAAUCAGUGUUAACGGAUUCAAAGAUCCAAGAAACUGCCAGGUGGUUGUGAGUCUGCUGGAUCCAGAUGACAUCCCCGCGGAUCUCUACUUGUCGACUCUUUUGGAAGCAGGUUUUGGAAUUCUUCCGGAAAUAGCACGGGGCGAUUAA